CAAAACAUUGUGCCAUGACAGCAUGUGUAAUGUUGACGUAUCGACUUUAGUGUUUUGGUUCUGGUAAAGGUUUUUGAUCGGAAAAAGUCAGAAAUUAACGUUCAUUCGAAAUGGAUUUAACAUUAUUGAUUGGUGCGGCUUCAUCUCUGCUGGUGCUAAUUUUGACUAUUUGGUUUUUCACCAGAAAAAAUGAGAAACAGGCACCUGUUGCCCAACAGCGAGUUCCUGUUCGUGUUGAACAGGGCGUACCGCUCCGUGCACAAAUGGCCCGAAAUCAACGGAACCGUGCCCGAAAUGUCCUAAACGAACAGGUGCGGAAUCAACACGAUCACGUUGAAGAUAUUGCCGAUGACAACGGAGCCGAACGUCCAGCCGUACAAAUUGGCGACAAAAAAGUCGGAACGAAAAAGCUGGCCAAAUUGGAAGCCAAGGCUGAAAAGAAAGCACAACGAGAAGUGGAAGAGCAAAUGAGAGAAGACAAGAAGAAACGCGACGCAAUGGCUGACGAAGAGCGUCGGAAGUGGGAAGCUGAAGCAGAGGCUGAGGAGAAGAAACGUGAAGAGGCAGAGAAAUUGGAACGCGAAUUGAAGGAGAAACAGGAAUACGAAGAGUAUCUGAAGAUGAAGGAAGCGUUCAGCGUUGAAGAAGAGGGUUUCGAAGAGGGAGAAACAGAAAGUGAAAACCUGUUGCAGGAGUUUAUCGAUUUCAUCAAAACGAACAAAGUUGUCGUACUGGAGGAUUUGGCCAGAGAAUUCAGUCUGAAGACACAGGCAACUAUCGAUCGGAUCAAGGAAUUGCGUGCGAAUGGCAUGCUAAGUGGUGUCAUCGAUGACCGUGGAAAGUUCAUAUACAUUAGCGAAGAUGAAUUGGCUGCUGUGGCUAAGUUUAUUCGACAACGAGGACGAAUUUCCAUAACAGAACUGGCGGAGAGUAGCAAUAAUUUGAUAAAUCUUCAACCGGUUAGCGCGUAGGCUGUGCAGAAUUGAAACAGUGUCCAGUUAUUGCUUCAGAUUUCUUUUAUUUAUUUGUCCGUUUGAGAAUAAAGAAAAAAAUCAAAAAAUCAAAAA